CAUGAUCACCUGUCCCCUUAAACCCCGGGAUGAGUCUCAGAUCUGCAACACAGCCUCCGGCCUCCUUCUGUUCCUGCUUCACAUCAUCUCCUCGCUGACGGUUUGUGCUUCAGGCUUUUAUCUGAAGAUCCAGAUCAGUCCUCUCGAACCUUUCUGGAUUAAUGACGGACUCCAAGUGAAGGAGGGACAGUGUGUGGAGUUUCUCCUUCACAGCCACAGACUCAGCGUCCUCAGAGCUCAGGUUAAUCCAGUUACCUGAAACACACGGCAGCACACGAGACGCUGGUUAACGUGAACUGACCUGAACCAUCGUCUGUUCUGACAGAGCACCGUCACCAUGCCGACCGGCAAGAGCAAGAAGAAGAGGCCGAAGAAGGAGGUGAACGAUGAAGAGGAGCCGGGAGAAGUGGCUGUGGAGGUGGAGAUGGAGGAGGUGACCACCAGGAGUCGCUCUGACAGCAGAGACCAUCUGACCCCAGAGCCUCAGGAGCCAGCACCACAGAAGAAGAAGAAAAAGAAGAAGGCGCUGACCAUCGACCAGGAAGCAGAACAAGACGUUCCAAACGGUGACAUGGUGGAGUCCCCCAUCGACGGAGAGGAGACAACUGUCCCUGUGACCAGAAAGACCAAAAGGAAAAGGAAGGCGAAGGCGACGGAGCACUACAGCGACGACCUCGGAGCCGAAGAUGACGACAUCAUCACAGACGCCCAGUCUCCCAUCCCCCAGCAUUCCCUGUUCUCCGCCCCCCACAGCCACAGCCAGCCGGUCGGCAAAGUCUUCGUGGAGCGGAACCGGCGUUUCCAGGCGGAGCGGGUGGAGCAGUUCCGACACUCCGAGCUGAUGGACGACUACAUGGACCCCAGACAGAUCUGGACCACCAGAGACGUCGCUUUGAGGGUCCACAGUGGCUUCAGGUCUGCACACCUUAACCUUAACCAUAGGAACUACUUACCUAACCCCUUAACCUUAACCCUUAUCUCUGUGUGCAGGGUGAUCGGCCUGUUCUCUCACGGUUUCCUGGCGGGCUACGCGGUGUGGAACAUCAUCGUUGUGUACGUGUUGGCGGGCGAACAGAUGACCACACUGCCCAACCUGCUGCAGCAGUACCACCCACUGGCUUACCCCGCCCAGUCUCUGCUCUACCUGCUGCUGGCCAUCAGCACCGUGUCGGCAUUUGAUAGAGUGAACCUGGCCAAGGCCUCAAUGGCUCUGAGAGGAUUCCUCACACUCGACCCUGCUGCUCUGGCCUCGUUCUUAUACUUUAUCGCCCUGAUUCUGUCCCUCAGUCAACAAAUGACCAGUGACCGUAUCAACCUUUAUCCUUCAGCCAACGAGACUCUGUGGCCUCCAGGUUCAGAGGAGCAGAUCUUGCGGCCGUGGAUUGUAGUGAACCUGGUGGUGGCGCUGUUGGUGGGCUUGGCCUGGGCUGUCAUCUCCACACGACCGGACAUCGACUACACAGAAGAGUUCCUGAUGACGAUGGAGGUGGAGGGUUCCUCGAGAGGAGAGGAGAACUUGGACGUUUCUGCCUGAUUCACUUCGUUUCUUCUUCUUCUGUGUUUCAUGUAUGUUUUUGUACAGUUCCUCACAUAGUGCUUUGUGUUGAGUCAUUUUGUAAAUAAAGAAAUGUGGCUUAUGUUCA